GCUAACACACUCAUCUCUACUCACAAGAAAAGUAAAGUUCUUUGUGCUUCUUCCAAUUCUAGUUACAGCCAUUACUUUUCUACUUUUUUUCUCCUUCUUCUUCUUCUUCUUCUCCUUCUUUCUCUCUCUAAAUUCUUCAGCUUUCUCUCUCCAUUCAAAUUAUGGAUCGGAUCCUCGUCGCAGCCUUUCUUCUCACUCUCCUCACUCUCCCGUUCUUCUUAUCAGAAGUAGAGUCAACGUCGUUCAAGAUAGUCAACAAGUGCCGGAGAACAAUAUGGCCCGGCUUCCUAUCCGGAGCCAACUCGCCUCAGCUCCCGACCACCGGCUUCGCCCUCCGGAUCGGCGAAUCCCGGAGCUUCCACGUGCCACCCCACUGGUCGGGCCGCUUCUGGGCCCGCACACACUGCGGCCGCGACUCGACCGGCAGGUUCACGUGCCUCACGGGAGACUGCGGCUCGGGAAAAGUCGAGUGCCAGGGAACCGGCGCGAAGCCGCCGGCCACGCUAGCUGAGUUCACGCUCAACGGCGCCGACGGCUUGGACUUCUAUGACGUCAGCCUCGUAGACGGUUACAACCUCCCGAUGCUGAUCAUCCCCCGGGGGGGCACGAGGGGCGGCUGCGGCGCCACGGGGUGUUUGGUCGACUUGAACGGCGCGUGUCCGGCGUCUUUAAGGGUGGCGCGUGGGAACGGUGGGAGGAGCGUGGCGUGCAGGAGCGCGUGUGAGGCGUUUGGCGAUCCUAUGUAUUGCUGCAGCGAGCAAUAUUCUACGCCUGACAAGUGUGGGCCGUCUGUGUAUUCUCUGUACUUCAAGCACGCUUGCCCACGCUCCUAUAGCUACGCGUACGAUGACAAAACCAGCACUUACACGUGCGCCACCGCCGAUUAUACUAUUAUUUUUUGCCCAUUGCCUUACACCAGUCAAAAAGUGCUGGGAGCGAGAAAAGAUGGGGUGCAGCUGCCACUGGUUAAUAAGACCAUGUUGUACCUGCAUAGCCGACAAUAAGCAAAAUGGUGUUUCAUCUGCCUCAAAUGCUGUAUUUAUCGCCAUUUGCUGCCUCUAAUGUUAGUGGAAGCUCAAAGUUGUGCUAUUUUGGCCGCUUUUAGAGCCUCUAUGCCUUGUUCUUAUAUCCAUUCUGGCCUCCGGUGUUUAGUCGGCGGAUCGAUUGGUUUUGAGUAAUGCAGUGACUGAUCAGCCACAUCUACGGGAGUUCAUCAUAAUUGCCCGCGAGAAAUUUUGUAUAUAGUUUUUCUGUUUCCAUGUUUUGUUCCGAUAUACAUAGGAGUCAAAAUAUAUAAAUUUGCAUGAACUUUACCUCAAAAGUUGCCGUUACAAGGCUCGGGUUUAGUUUUUGUAAUACGUCACUUGGAUUUCCUUUUUCAAUAAUCCAUUAUGUCUCUUUGUUAUCUUUUCAUGUCUGUAGGGCAUUUUAGAUUACCUAAUCAAUUCGA